AACCUGCCCACACCUGCAGAGAGUUGGGAGCGUGAAGACUGAAGGAAGGAACUCCGAGACAGAAAACUAAGUGAAGAAGAGGGAAAACAUGGUCAACCCAGUCCGUCUGAUUCUCUGAUCCGAGCCGAGCCGAGCCGAGCCGGGAUCAGAGCCAGUUUUACCUGGACCGACCUGGAUCCGGAUCCUCCCGAGACUCCCUGAAGAUUUCUCAACAUUUCCCUGAAGCAGGAAGUGAAUCUCAGCAGCCAUGGGUAGCAAGGAGCGAUACCAUUGGGUGGCUCAGAACGUGAAGGUGAGCGGCGUGGACGACAUGGUGCUGCUGUCCAAGAUCAACGAGGACGCCAUCACCGACAACCUGAAGAAGAGAUACAUGGACGACUACAUCUUCACGUACAUCGGUGCUGUUCUGAUCUCGGUGAAUCCGUUCAAACAGCUUCCUUAUUUCACUGACAGAGAAGUGGAGAUCUACCAAGGAGCUGCUCAGUAUGAGAACCCCCCCCACAUCUACGCUCUGGCUGACACCAUGUACAGAAACAUGAUGAUUGACAGCGAGAACCAGUGUGUCAUCAUCAGCGGUGAGAGUGGAGCAGGGAAAACUGUCGCUGCCAAAUACAUCAUGAGCUACGUGUCCAAAGUGUCCGGAGGAGGAGACAAAGUCCAGCAUGUUAAAGACAUCAUCCUGCAGUCCAACCCUCUGCUGGAAGCCUUCGGGAACGCCAAAACUGUCCGCAACAACAACUCCAGCAGAUUUGGUAAAUACUUUGAGAUCCAGUUCAGUCGAGGCGGAGCUCCUGAUGGAGGAAAAAUCUCAAACUUCUUGUUGGAGAAAAGUCGAGUAGUUUCCCAAAACCCUGGAGAGAGAAGCUUCCACAUCUACUACCAGCUGUUGGGGGGGGCGACUCCGGAGCAGAGGGAGAACCUGGGGGUCACGACCCCCGACUACUACCUCUACCUCAACCAAUCAGGGACCUACACCGUGGAGGACAUGGACGACAAGAAGGAGUUCACUGAUACUAUGGCGGCCAUGUCAGUAGUGGGUCUGUCUGCUGAGGACCAGGAAGCAGUUCUUCAGCUCGUUGCAGGAAUUCUUCACCUGGGAAACAUCAACUUCAGAGAAAAAAAAAAAAAUGCAGUGACAGAUUCCAGAGGUUUCCUAGCGUUCCCCUGCUUCUUGCUGGGGAUCCCCCAGGACGGGCUGUGCAGUAAGCUGACCAGCAGGAUGAUGGACAGUAAGUGGGGGGGCAAGACCGAGUCCAUCUCGGUGACCCUGAACACGGAGCAGGCCUGUUUCUCCAGAGACGCGCUGGCCAAGGCCCUCUACACCAGGCUGUUUGACUUCCUCGUAGAUUGUAUUAAUAAAGCCAUGCAGAAGGACCAGGAGGAGCUCAACAUCGGAGUCCUCGACAUCUACGGCUUUGAGAUCUUCCAGCGAAACGGCUUCGAGCAGUUCUGCAUCAACUUUGUGAACGAGAAGCUGCAGCAGAUCUUCAUCGAGCUCACGCUGAAGGCCGAACAGGAAGAAUAUGUCCAGGAGGGGAUCAAGUGGACCCCCAUCGAGUAUUUCAACAACAAGGUGGUCUGUGACCUCAUCGAGUCCAAAGUGAAUCCUCCUGGGGUGAUGAGUAUCCUUGACGAUGUGUGCGCUACGAUGCACGCUAAGGGAGAAGGCGCCGACCAGACGCUGCUGCAGAAGCUCCAGGGUCAGAUCGGCUCGCACGAACACUUCAGCAGCUGGAACAAGGGCUUCAUCAUCCACCACUACGCUGGGAAGGUGUCCUAUGAUGUCAGUGGUUUCUGUGAGAGGAACAGAGACGUGUUGUUCACGGACAUAAUCGAGCUGAUGCAGAGCAGCGAGUUUCCGUUCAUCAGAGCUCUGUUUCCUGAGAACCUGGAGGCGGAGAAGAGAGGGCGACCGAGCACCGCCAGCACUAAGAUCAAGAAACAAGCCAACAGUCUGGUCCAGACUCUGAUGAAGUGCACCCCCCACUACAUCCGCUGCAUCAAACCCAACGAGACCAAGCGGCCCCGGGACUGGGAGGAGAACCGGGUCAGGCACCAGGUGGAGUACCUGGGCCUCCGGGAGAACAUCAGGGUCCGCCGCGCCGGAUACGCCUACAGACGCGUCUUCAACAAGUUCCUGCACAGGUACGCCAUCCUGACGAAGGAGACGUGGCCUCGCUGGAGGGGGGACGAGCGCCAGGGAGUCAUGCACCUCCUCAAGUCCGUCAACAUGGACCAGGACCAGUUCCAGCUCGGCAAGACCAAAGUCUUCAUCAAAGCUCCAGAGUCGCUGUUCCUGUUGGAGGAGAUGAGGGAGAGGAAGUAUAACGGGUACGCUCGGGUCAUCCAGAAGGCGUGGCGUAAACACAUCGCUGUCCGCAAGUACGUCAAGAUGAGGGAGGAAGCCUCGGAUGUCCUGCUGAACAAAAAGGAGCGCCGCCGAAACAGCAUCAACAGGAACUUUGUGGGCGACUACCUCGGGACAGACAACCACCCAGAGAUCAGGCAGUUCGUCGGCCGCAGAGAGAGGAUCGACUUCGCCGACGUCGUGGUGAAGUUCGACAGAAGAUUCAGGACAACGAAGCGUGACCUCAUCCUGACCCCGAAGUUCCUGUACCUGAUUGGUCGAGAGAAGGUGAAGCAGGGCCCAGAUAAAGGUCAGAUCCAGGAGGUCCUCAAGAGGAAGAUCGAGCUCAACAAGAUCCAGUCUGUUUCCCUGAGCACUCUGCAGGAUGACUUCUUCACCAUCCACGAGGAGGAGUACGACAGCGUCCUUCAGAGCGUCUUUAAGACGGAGUUCCUGAGUCUGCUCGUCAAACGUUACCAGGAGAAAACUCAGAAGAAGCUGCCGCUCAAAUUCAACAACCUUCUGGAGUUUAAGGUGAAGAAAGGCGGGUGGGGUCCCUUUAACUCCUCGGGGUCCAGACAGAUCCAGUUCCAGACGGGUCAGGGGGACGAGGCCGUCCUGAAGCCCAGCGGGAAGGUCCUGCAGGUCUCCAUCGGACCCGGGCUGCCCAAAAACUCAAGACCGACGAGGAAGGACAAUCGCAAGAGUCGCUACAUGGGAAGCCAGGCUCCGCCCAGCAGCCAGAACAGCUCAGCUUCUCGCUCCAGAGGAGGCGGAGCUCCCAGAGGAGGCUCCACCUCCUCCAGAGGCUCCCUGCUGAGGCAGCACUCCACCAUGGAGCAGCCGAGUCUGCCCCGACUCCAGAACCAACGUCGCCCCGACAGCCGGGCCCCAAAACAACCCGACAUGGGCUUCAUGAACGUCCCCGAGCAGGGCGCCGCAGGGCUUCAGCGGCGGCUGUCGAAGGAGGUGAAGCCUCUUCCUGGAGCCGGCCGAGCCAAACCGGCGCCCAAACCGAAGCCUCGCUCUCCGCAGUGCAGAGCGCUGUACGCCUACGACGCCCAGGACACCGACGAACUCAGCUUCAACACCGACGAUAUCAUUGACAUUAUCACUCAAGAUCCGUCUGGUUGGUGGUUCGGGCGGUUGCGGGGCAGAGAGGGGAUGUUCCCCGGAAACUACGUGGAGAAGAUCUAACCCUCCUCUCCUCUCUGGGUGGUCAGAGGUCACCGGAGCUGUAAACACAUCAGCUGACAGGAAAAACACAUCAGCUGACAGGAAACACACAUCAGCUGACAGAAAACACACAUCAGCUGACAGGAAACACACAUCAGCUGACAGGAGAAACAAGUUAAUUCACAAACAAACAGGGAUGUUUCACUCAGACUGACAACAGCUUGUCGCUGUGUACACUCAGGUUAAAUUUCCCCCUCUCAUUCCCCCUGCUCUGGCGUUUCCCCCUCUCAUUCCCCUG